UCGGCCACUUCCGGCGGAGCAAGAUGGCAGCGGCGAGGAAGAAGAGGAGGAGCGGGAGGCCGCUGCUGCUGCUGCUGCUUCUUCUGGCGGCGGGGCCGGUCGCCGGAGGGAAGAUGAAGGUCGUGGAGGAGCCCAACAGCUUCGGGCUGAACAACCCCUUCCUGCCUCCGCAGCCGCCGCCCUCGCACCGCCUCCAGCCCAAGGCAGACCCCUCCGACCCCGCAGGACCGGCUCAUCUCCUGCAGCUGUCAGGGAAGUGCUUCAGCUUCGUGGAAUCCAUGUACAAGUACGAGUUCUGCCCCUUCCACAAUGUGACGCAACACGAACAGACCUUCCGCUGGAACGCCUACAGCGGGAUCCUCGGAAUCUGGCAUGAAUGGGAAAUAGAAAACAAGACGUUUGUAGGCAUGUGGAUGAGAGAUGGCGAUUCGUGUGAAACCAAGAACAGGGAGACAAAGGUACUUCUUGUAUGCGGAAAGAAGAACAGGUUGGCCCACGUGUCUGAACCAAGCACCUGUGUUUAUUCCCUUACCUUUGAAACGCCACUUGUGUGCCACCCGCAUUCUCUCUUAGUGUAUCCAGCCCUGUCUGAAGUGCUCCAGAAAAAAUGGGAUGCAGUGGAGCAGUUGCUGUAUGAUGAACUCAUCACAGAACAGGGAUACAAGAAAAAGCUGAGAGAGAUCUAUGAAGAAGCUAGCUUUUUUAAAUCAGCAAGAGAAACAGAAGAGAAGAGAACAAAAUCCCCACAGGAGACAUUUGCCUCCUUGGAAAGGUGCAAUAAGGAUUACAAGAAACUUUCUGAAGAUCUGCAGAAACUUAAACAUUUAUUAAGUCAGCAUGGUGUUGCAUAUGAAACUGUCCUAACUGAAAGCAGUGAUGAAAAGCACGUUGCAAAAAGGCUUGUGGUGGAAACGUCAGCUCCUGCUGUUUUGUCAAAGGCUUAUCGGCAGCUGCGUGGAGAUGCGGGGGCCUAGAACGGCUCCCUACCAAGGAACUGAUCUGUUGGCUUGCUCAGCGUCAGUCAGCCGUUGGCCAUCCAGAUGGAACUGUGAAAGGAGAGCGUGCGUGGGCCGUUUCCUCAAAAGGCAGAGGCUCCUCAGGGCUGCUCCCGACAGGACUCUCCCAACUGUGCCUCUGGGGCUGUGAUAGCGAGUGAGUGGAGCCAUGGGUGCCUUUGUGCCGGGAUGCUGUGCCUGAGGCAGUUCAUGGCCAUCGCUGUUGUACUCUAUCUGCCUCUGAAUGAUCCACUCUGUUACUACAGGUCCUGAUAACACUACCAUCAGAGAACAUUUUGUUACACCUCCUCACUGUCUACUCUCCCUACUCCCUACUGUCCAGAAAAGGUGCCAUGGCUCCCCAUUCAGCCAUUUGAAAGGGGCAGUGCCCUGUUGCUUGUUGUGGGAUUUAUAACCCAUUCAGAGAAGGCACCAUGAUUCUGCCUUCGUUGUCUUUCUGCCCCUUGCUUGUGGGCUGCGUUGCUGGUUGAUGGAAUGUCGUCCUAUAAAAUGCAUUGGUUGAUUUAA